AUGGCGGUGGCAAGGAACCGUAUAUUUCGCAUUCCAUCAACGCUGUUAAAUGCAGAUUCACGUCCAUCAGAUUUAAAGACAAUGAAAAUGACAAUGAACAAGCAACCAAGGGCAGGUCAAGAAUCAGUUGAGCUCUUAACUCUUUAUGAUCCAACUUCAGUGGCCUUUCAAGCAUUGUCUCACACAGGUUUUCCUCUGGCGGUUUCAGUGGAUAAUGUACACCUCAAUGAGGUUUCUAGCAGUGUUCUCAUGGCUGAAAGUUGGAUCAGGACCCAUGUUCUAGCCCACUACCCAGCCAUUAAUAUUACCACCAUUGCUGUGGGUCACAAUCUGCUCUGCAAUAGAGACCAAGAAGUCAAAUUUGGUUUGGUUCUGCCAUCUCUUAAGAAUAUAUAUUACACUCUGACUAGGUGGGGUUUGGAGAGAGAAAUCAAAGUCUCAGCUCCUCUCUCUUCGAACUGUUUCCACUCAUUCCCUGCUAUAUACAAAGUUGAUUUGUCUGAUGAAUAUAUAAAGCCUAUGCUAAACUUCUUGCAAGACACCAACUCAACUUAUUUGGUAAACCCACCUCCAUUUUUGUCUAGUUUAGCAGAAGAAAUUGUGGUGAAUUUGGCUACUUCUCAUUCAAAGUCCAUGAAAAAUCUUGGGGUCUUUAACCUAAACAAGAUCAAUGUGAUCGUCACCAGCCCAAAAGAAACAAAAUCCACAAGCAGAAAACUCUCAUCCAUGGAUUCCAAGCUUAUAGACCCCUUCCCAGCAAGGCCAACCCCAUUAGCCCCAACCCCUUCCCCCAUUGGUUACUCUGUUCCAGCCUAUGUGGCCAAAAGCCCACUUCCUCCUUUGGUUGGCAAAGUCUCACCACCACCACUCUCUCUCCCUUAUGCACCAGAACUGCCUCCAAUGGCUAAUCCGGCUAGCCCGCCUUACGGGCCCCAUUUGCCGCCUUGUAAUCCAUCUACUGGUGGUGUGGUGGUGGCUCCGGUGGCAGGGGAACAAAGUGAGUUGUGGUGUGUGGCAAAGCCUAGUGUGCCAGCAGAGACAUUGCAAGAAGCAAUGGAUUAUGCCUGUGGACAAGGUGGUGCUGAUUGUGAAGCCAUUUGGCCACAUGGAAGCUGUUAUUUUCCUGAUACAGUUGUGGCCCAUGCUUCUUAUGCUUUCAAUAGUUAUUGGCAGAAGAACAAGAAAAAUGGUGGAAGUUGUGGUUUUGGAGGAACUGCUAUGCUCAUAAACUCUGACCCAAGUUUUCGUCACUGUCGAUUCAUUCUCACCUGA